UAGAUCAGAUAGAAGAGACAAGAACGCAUAUGAAGUAUGAAACUGAUCUACCACUCGCUCUCAGUCACCUGGUAGAAAAUCCUUCCUUCCUUCCUUCUUGAUAGACUCAAGCUGCAGGUGAAGAACAGUAGCAAUAGCUCCCACUCAUGGCUGGUGUGGCUGCAAUUGCCAGUUUCCUUCUCAUUUCUCUCGUUGCCUUUCUGCUCCAGAUAUUUCUCUCCUCGCCCAUCUCCCCAGAGGCGUUUGAACCGCCCCCUGUUCUGGGGGACUUCACCAAGAAUGACAGGCUUCAGGAAGUAGAGAAACUUGGAGAAGGGAUGCUUGAUGGACCCGAAGAUGUAUGUGUAGACAAAUCCGGAGCGAUCUACACAGUGACCAGAGAUGGGUGGAUCAAGAAGAUGCACAAGAACCAGUCAUGGGAGAACUGGAAGAUGAUUGCCGGCCCGACUUUGCUGGGACUCACCUGUUCUAUCGCCGGAGACAUUAUCGUCUGUGACGCUGACCGGGGAUUGCUCAAAGUUGGACAAGAUGGCACUGUUACUCUCCUGGCCUCCGAAGUUGACGGUUCUAGAAUAUGCUUCACUGAGGCGGUGACGGAGGGGAGGGAUGGGAGCAUUUAUUUCACCGACGCAAGCGCCAAAUACGGAUACUGGGAAUGGCAUCUUGAUCUGCUGGAAGCUCGACCCCAUGGCCGUCUCCUGAAGUUCGACCCGCAGACCGGCAGAACCUCUGUUGUUCUGGACAACCUGUACUUCGCCAACGGCGUUGCUCUUUCCCGUGACCAAGAUUUUGUCGUUGUAUGUGAAACUUGGAAAUUCCGAUGCCUGAGACAUUGGCUGACUGGAGAGCGAAAGACUGAGGUGUUUGUUGAUAAUCUACCAGGUGCCCCUGACAAUAUCAAUCUUGCGGAAGACGGGACAUUUUGGAUAGCACUAUUAGAGAUGAGAACAGGCGGGAAAGAGCUCAUAUAUAGCUCGAAAUUGUUUAAGCAUAUACUUGUGAAGAUACCUAGGCUGCUUAACCGGUAUCUGAAGAUAAGACAGAAGGCGAUGGUUAUAAAUGUAGAUGCUGAUGGGAAGAUCAUCAACUACUUGGACGAUUCUACUGGAAAAGUUAUAUCAUUGGUGACUUCAGCAGUACAAUCUGGGGAUCAUCUUUAUCUGGGCAAUCUUAAUACCAAGUUCAUUGGGAGAUUAGCACUGCAAAAAGCGAAGAAAUAGUCGAGUAAAAGGUGUUAGGAUGCCCUGAGCCUAAUCAAUCAUCAAUCUGAAUAAUAUGUUCUUUUCCUUUUCCUUUUUUGUUAAUAAGAAUGCCUGUUAGAAAUGUCAAUGUUUUCGGCACAUGAAUUACAGUAUGUUGGUUCAAGAGAA